CUUUGGUCUUUCACCCACAAUCAUACAAUGGCUCUUUCUUCUCUCUUUCUCUCUUCCAUUUUCACACUCUCUCUCUUUUCUCUCUUAUCUUUUUCGAUGGAGGUCGAGGCCGAGACCACUUACCAUCAUCAUCACCACCGCCACCUUUACCUCCGUUCUCUCCACUUUUCCCUCUUCCAACACGAGACAAUCAACAAAACUGGCUACUUCAUCGUGUCGGGAGUGGUUGGCCCUAGCGUGAGCCAAACCACCACCCCAUUUGGCACCAUAUUUGUUUUUCACGAUCCUUUAACCACUAGUGCCAACCGAGCAUCGAAGUUAGUGGGCACGGCGGAGGGAACCUCCAUAACCUCUGGUCUUGACGGCUUACAAAGCAUUAGCAUAGCCAAGAUCAGCUUGCGUUUGAAGCACCACAUCGGUUCCCUCUCAAUCGUCGGUGGGACUCAUAAUGUUAAACCGUCCAACCACCCUAUCGUUGGAGGGACUGGGGACUUCUUGUUCGUACAAGGCUACGUGACAUCAUCUCCAGUGGAUCUCGUCGGCAUCACGGUGGUUUACAAGUUGGAGUUUCAUCUUUACUGGCCGCCUUAUGCAUAACUAACUCCCUCUUUUUAAAAAAGUUUAAGGUUUCGUUUCAGUUUGUUUUUAUGGUUCUUCAACUUCUCAAUAAUUUUAUUUUAUUUUUAAUAUCCGCGUCAUAAGAUUGGUUGUCAUCCGCGAUUCCACAUCUCUCAUCUUCUCCUACAUAUUAAUAAUAUUUCUUGUUUGGAUA